AUGCCACCUCUCCCAGGCGGCUCGCCAGAGCGCCGCCGAGUAGUUUUAUACCACCAGACCUUGAUCCCAGGCGCGGGCCCAUAUGUCCCCAUGAUGCCACUCGUGGAAUAUAGCACUGGCAUCACACAUAUUGUUCUGGCCGCUAUUCAUAUCAAUGAUACUCCGGGUCACAUCACGCUCAAUGACGACCCACCUGACCACCCCAAGUUCGAUCCUUUGUGGGCCGAAGUGCCCCUGGUCCAGGAGGCCGGUGUGAAGGUCAUGGGUAUGUUGGGCGGUGCGGCACCAGGCUCGUUCACCCGACUAGAUGGCGACCAAGAACAAUUCGAACGGUUCUACGGGCCUCUUUACCAAAUUCUGCUUCGAUACAAUCUCGAUGGACUUGAUCUUGACGUUGAAGAAAGCAUGUCUCUUCAAGGCGUGAUUCGCCUGAUCGAUCGACUCAAGGGCGAUAUGGGCGACGACUUUAUUAUCACGCUCGCUCCAGUUGCUGCUGCGCUGCUUGGUGCUGGUAAUCUCUCUGGCUUUGACUACCGAGAGCUUGAGCGGGCUCGGGCUUCUAAAAUUGAUUGGUACAAUGCUCAGUUCUACAAUGGCUGGGGUCCUGCUGAGGAUCCUCGGAUGUACGCUGCUAUUGUUGCGCAGGGCUGGUCUCCGCGUCGAGUUGUGUAUGGUAUUUUGACGAAUCCGGGUAAUGGGUCUCAGGGCUAUGUGUCGCGCGAGAAGAUGGGUCCUAUUCUUGCGGUCCUGGUCGAGCAAUUUCCCAAUUUCGGUGGUGUGAUGGGUUGGGAGUAUUUCAAUGCCCUGCCUGGUGGGGAGGCUCAACCAUGGCAGUGGGCGGCUGAGAUGUCCGUUAGUAUGGGUAUGAAGGACGUGGUGGUUGCUGCUAAACAGCUUUUGGCGCCUGGAGCCAUGGCGCGCAGCUUGAAUAACUUGCUGCAGGAUAUGAUGAAUCAGGGACGGAGCUUAUGA